UAUAUGUGUGUGUUUUCAAUCUUAACAUAUGUAGACUUGUCUUUCAUUUUAAGAGUCAACCUUCUGCAAAAUUGCUUCAUUUACAAUUCUUUAACAGAAGGAAAGAAGAAGAAGGAUCCACCAUUUCGAAGGUCAAUCUCAUUCUCGUUAGCAAGGUGAAAGUUUAUUCUGGGUUAGAUGGCGGCUACUUACGGUGCACUAACUUCUGUGUUGGGAACCAUAGAGAAGGUUUUACGGUCCAACCAUAGAGAAUAUGGUUGGACCGCAAAAUUGAAAUCACUGUAUGAGUUGUUUGACAGUCUACUUGGCAAAUGUGAUGUCGGAGAAGCAAUUAUUAGCAAGGAUUUGCUAAGAAGAAUCAAAGAUGUUGCAGUUUAUGCAGAAUAUGAAGUUGAAUCACUAAUGAAUCAACUUAUUAUUGUUGGGCUGAAUGAUGAAUGUUGUGGUGCGAAGCUUGAUUAUGUUUGUCAACAUGUUAUACAGGUAACUCAUUCUGUCAACAAUAUUAGUUGUCCAAAAAAAUCUGUUUCUCCACGAUUAGAUGAUUCAAUCCAUGAGAACUUUAUGGAAGGUUACAAUGAAGAAAGAAAAAAUAUGGUUGCAAGACUUACCUAUGGAUCAAAAAAACUACAAGUGGUUUCUGUUGUGGGGAUGGCGGGCAUAGGUAAGACAACUUUUGCCAAAACUACAUUAUUCGAUAUUAACAAGGAGGACUUUCCUAUUCGUGGUUGGAUUACUGUGUCUGAAAACUAUGAUUUAAGAGAGUUGCUCCUACGCCUCCUUCGUGAUGUUAUUGAAAUGAAAGACAAAGAUUUUGAUGGAAUGGAUAAUGGACAACUAGCUGCUCAUCUAAAGCAAGUUUUGCAGGGAAAAAGGUAUUUGAUUGUUGUGGAUGACAUAUGGAGCAAUAGUGAUUGGGAUAACAUUAGACAUUGGUUUCCAGAUUGUGGUGACAAAAGUCGAAUUUUGUUGACUUCUCGAGACAAAAAGGUUGGUGCGUAUGCUGCUAAAGAUGGUUUGGUACUGAUGCGUCCUCUGACGCAAGAUGAAAGUCGAAAUCUGUUUUACCAUAGGGCAUUUGGGAAAAAUAACACUAUUCGACGGUCAGAUAUUGGUAAAUUCAAAAAGGUUGGAGAAAAAGUUAUAACAAAUUGCAAAGGAUUGCCGCUAAUGAUAACUGCGGUUGCUGGUAUACUCCGUAGCAAGAGUAAACUGUAUGAGUGGAUGGAAGUAGCUGAAAGUGUAAGCUCAUUAGUAAAUGAUGAUGCUUACAAACAAUGCUUACAAGUUGUUGCUCUGAGCUACAAUAAUCUUCCUUCUCUUAUGAAAGCUUGCUUUUUGCAUUUCGGAGUUUUCCCAAAAUCCCAUGGCAUUCCUGUGAAGAAGUUAACCAGAUUAUGGAUUGCAGAAGGACUCGUAUAUCCAAAUGGGGUUGAGGAAUUCGAACAAGCAGCUGAUCGUGUUUUACAUGAUCUUAUUGGGAAAAGUGUAGUUAUUGUUGACAAGCUAAGUUGGGAUGGGAAAAUUAAGACAUGUAGGAUUCAUGAUGUUUUUCAUGAUUUUUGCUCCAAGGAAUCUGAAAGCGAGAAUCUUUUGUGUGUUUGUAGUUCAGAUUCCACCACUAUUUCUCAAGUACACACCAAAUUCCGUCAAGGUUGUAGGUGGAUGUCAGUUCAAUCAAUGAUUGAUUUUAGUAACUACAGACGGUAUACUCCUAUUGAAAUACCCUCUUUUUACAUGCUAUAUGAUGUUGUUAUUUUUGACCCAAAAGUUUUUCAUUUCAAACUACUAAGGGUAUUGGAUUUGGAGGUACAUAACAUCAUAGGGCUCAAUGAAGUUACUAGAGACCUUGUUUGUUUAAGGUAUUUGGCUGUCGGGACUUCGUAUUUAGAUUUUGUGGAUCUCCCAAUUACCAAUCUUUGGAAUCUGCACGCUCUCAUUUUAGGUAAAUCUUUUGUUAUGAAUCCUCGUAAGCGUAAAGUCUUCACUUUUCCAGAAGAUAUUUGGCAAAUGACACAAUUAAGGCAUCUUUAUGCAAAAGGCAUUCAUCUAUGUUCGCCUGGAGAUAAUAAGGUUCUCGGAAACUUGCAGAGUGUUUCUGGUUUGAGUCCUUGCUGUUGUACAAAGGAAAUAUUUGAAGGGAUUAAGAAAGUGAAAAAAUUGGUCAUUCGUGGAACGAGGGAGGAAUUUCCUACAGAUGUUAAAUGGAUAGAUAAUCUUAAAUAUUUGCAACAUCUCGAGUCAGUAAGUAUUGAAAAUAUCGAUUUUAUAUUUCAGAAGAAUACAACCAGUUUUUUUAGUCUUACAAGUCCAGAUUCUUUUCCACAAAAACUCAAGGAGUUGAAACUUAGAUGUACAUAUCUACCGUGGGAAUGCAUAUCCAUUAUCAGCAAGUUGCCCGAACUUGAGGUACUCAAACUGAAGAGUAAAUCCUUAAUUGGCAACGAGUGGAAAGCAACAGACCAGGUUGGGUUCCCCAAGUUGAGGUUCUUGCUCCUUGAUAAUCUCCCCCUUACAGAAUGGGAAAACACCACGGGCUCUCAUGAUCAUUUCCCCAGCCUUGAGCGCUUAAUAAUCACAAAUUUUAAAUUCUUAGAAGAGAUUCCUCAAGGAUUUGCUGAUAGCAAGAAACUGGAGCUGAUUGAGUUACACUAUUGUAACCCUUCCUUGGUGGAUUUUGCUAAGAAUGUGCAGGUUGAACACGAGGAGGUUUUGGGGAGGAACAAACUUAAAGUUACUGCCUUCAAUACAGGUCUAAAAUGGCAGAGAGGAAUCUUUGCUUCAAGAAAUAACAGGAUUCCCGGGCUAGUACCAAGCAGCAGCUGAUCUAUCACAUAAGGAGUUCUCUUCCCUCCUUGUACUGCAUUUGGUAUUAUUUGUUUUGAUUUUUUUUUACAAAACUUGUUGUUUGGAUAUGGUUGUUACCUAUUGGAUCAUAUUGUGAUGUUUGCUUAGCUAAAAUAUUUGUUUUUUGAUUUUUACUUGUACAACUAAUUGUUGUUACAUAUUGUAUCGUAUUAUCGAAUUCUAUUUAAAUGUAAUAUUUAUUUUGAUUUUUACUUAUACAACUUGUUGUUA